AUGGCAAUGGUGGAGAAAGAAGAUAACAAGUCCUCCGCCGUUCACCGGGCACGCUUCGCCGCCGCGUUGGCCGCCGUCUUCGCCGCCGUAGCGAAAUCCAUUCUAUUAAUCAAUACUCCACAGGCUUUGCUCCGCACCACGCUGGCGUCGCUCAUCGGUUACCUGGCGGCGGACCUCGGGUCCGGGAUCUACCACUGGGCCGUCGACAACUACGGCAGCUCCGGGACCCCAAUUUUCGGUGGCCAAAUCGAGAUUUUCCGGGCCCACCACCGGCAGCCAUCGGCGGUCACCAGAUACGACACUGCCCGCCUGGUUCACAUCAUGGCGGUGAUUGUGACCGUCGUGGUGACGCCGGUGGCGGCGGCGGCGCGUGAUCCGGCGGUGCUGGGGUUCUUCGGUUGGUUCGGCGGGUUCGCCAUGUUCGCCCUGAAGAUCCACGCCUGGGCGCACAUGGCGGAGGGGAAUAUUCCGGCGGGCGUGGCGGCGCUUCAGGAGGCCGGAAUUAUUUUGCGGCCGUCGUGGCACGCGGCGCACCACCGGGCGCCGUUCGACGGCACUUACUGCAGCGUGAGUGGUUGGUGCAACCCUGUUCUGGAUAAGCUUAAAGUAUUUGCGUCCAUGGAGGUGCUUCUGUUCCACGUCGCCGGAGUUAGGCCGCAGAGCUGGGCCCACAGCAAAGUCCGGCGGGAUUCCGGUGAGUCAGCAAUCAAGGGAGCUACCUGA